GCCGCCGCUCCCCACGAAGCAUGAGGCGGACGGCCGAGGCCGUGUGCGAGAUCUUGAAAUACUUGAUCAUUCACUGGAAGUGUGGAGCGGCAGAUGUUUCAAAGGGAGCCUUGCAAGAAGGAGAGAUCAUGAUUUCCAUAGAAGCAGUAAAUGCUGAGCGCCAGGCCAACAGUCUACAUUGUGUAACGACUAUUUCUUCUGCAGGAAGCAUUUGUGGUGGUUUGAUCCCUAAGAAGUUCCUCAAAGAAAUACGAUUUACAUUGCCCGGAUUUUCUGCAGAGCUCAACUGGAUUUUAGAAGAAGCCAGCACGUCUCAGGACAUACCAAGGAUAACAUACUUCCAGAUGAUUUUUAAGGCUGAUGAAAAGCUGAGAAUUCUGAUGACAGAUAGUCUGGUUAUAAAGAAUUUUUUACACAAAAUCACCGUGGUAUACCCUAAGAUCAGAUUUAAUUUCAGUGUUAAGGUGAACGGAGUCUGCUCCACAGAGAGCUUUGGGGCAGAGAAUGAACCCACGACGACCCUGUCAAAUGGAAUUGCUCUUGUCGUAAAUUGUCGGCAUUUUGUGAGCAGAGCACAGCUUGGCGGCCCCGGGCCGUUCUGCAGCAGAAUCCACCCCGUGCUCGGCCAGCCAGUCCGCCUGCGCAUCCCUGAUGACGUGGCUGGUAUGGACCUGCGCAUCCCUGAUGACGUGGCUGGUGUGGACCUGCUAGGGGAGCUGAUCCUGACGCCGGCGGCUGCGCUCUGGCCCUGCCCAGAGGCCUUUUCCAGUGAAUUGAAGAGGAUUUCUUCAGCUUCCAUAUUCCUGUACGGGCCGUCGGGCCUCCCUCUGCUAUUGCCAGGUCCGGAGCAACCACCUCCUGCCAUCUUCAAAGACAGCUCUUAUUUCAUCGACUGCAAGAAAUACCACUUGUGCAUGGGACCCAGUGUGGACCUCAGUUUGGAUAGCGGUCUGGUGCUCCCAGAUGUGAACUAUCAGGUGGAGUCCCCCGAGGGAGCGCAGGCUCAGAACACGGACCCUCAGGGACAAACGCUGCUGCUUUUUCUCUUUGUGGAUUUCUACAGUGGAUUCCCAGCCCAGCACCUAGAACUCUGGGGAGUCCACACCUGGCUUAAGGCGCAUCUCAGCGCCGUCCUCAGCGAGAGCCGCGGUGUGGUGCGUGAGUCCCUGCAGGCCAUGGUGGACCGGGCCUUGGAGCAACAUCACCAGGCUGCCACGGCACACCAGAAGCGGCGGGCCUCACUCUCAGUGGCCGUGCGAUCCAUCCUGGGAAUCGUCACCGGAAGCACCAGCAGCCGUUUCCGAAAGAUCUGCUUCCAGGCCCUUCAAGCAGCUGACACACAGGAGUUUGGGGCAAAACUGGACAAAGCAUUUCACGAAGUCACCCAGCACCGAUUUCGCCAUAGCUGUGAAGUGGAGCCGCAGCCGCCCCCAGAGAAGACUGUGGCAGCAAGCAGCACCCAGGACGCCCGUGAGAGCAGCAGCCCGGGGUUAUUUCUGGGGCUCGGUGCUGCACCACAAGUCCACUGCUCCUGGAGGCUAUUUUUUUUUCCUUUUGUUGCCUUUUUUAAAAAAAAUCAUCAUUGUGGUUAUUAUUAUUAUUGUGGUUGUCGUCGUUGUUGGAUGGGACAUAAACCCCUUGGCUGCCACAUGUCCCCUCCAGAUAAAAACCCACACCGCAGCUUUCUGGUUCCCACUCAGCUCUUCCGAAGCCCGAAACACCCGCUCGGCGCGCUAAGGCUCAAGAGCGGCAGCCCCGGCCGGGAAGCGGAGGAGACGCGGGCUUCCGGCCCCGGCCCCUGCGGCACCAGGGGCGAGCCUGCGGGCGGCCUGGAGGAGGACGCCCUGUGGCUGCGGGAGGUCUCCAACCUGUCGGAGUGGCUGAGUCCCGGCGCCCGGCCGUGAAAGCGCCCCGCCCCGCCGCGCCCCCGCGUCUCGUUCAAUAAACCAAACCCACUACGCGCCGCCGCCGCGUCUACUUCCGGGCCGGGGCGGGGCGGGCGCCGCCGGAUGACG